AUGCUAUGGAAUAGUGCUAGAUUUCUCUACGAUUCUUACAGUCUCCAGACGACAUUCACGAUGAAUGGAACUAUCUGCAAUGGUACCUGCAAUACAGAAGCUAUCAAGGUUGAAAUCACCUUUAAUAAAAUACUAGUUGGUGUUUUAUUGUACAUCAUAGUCAUAAUCACUGUGAUUGGCAACAUUCUGGUAUUAUUGGCAAUAAAAAUUCGGAAGUGCCUACGUACAACAUUCAACUACUACAUCGUGAAUUUGGCAAUUACCGACGUCGCCGUUGCCGUCAGCGCCAUGAGCUUUAAAGCUACGCAGGCGUUCUAUGGGACGUAUUGGCCAUUCGGAGAGUUUAUGUGUGCAGUCUGGAUUUUCUUCGAUUAUGGGAUGACGUUUGUGUCCGUGUUCACUCUGAUCCUAAUAUCCCUUGACAGAUUCUGGUCCGUUACCUGGAUUCAACACUACAGACAACAUCAUAGCAAGAGGUUUUGCCUUCUGUCUGUUGUCACCGUGUGGUUGUUAAUGCUUGCGUUAUGGGUGCCGCCAUGGCUAUCGGAUAGAUUGAGACACAGCAAGCCGGGCGAAUGCUACUGGAACCCCGCUCUAAAUGUGGAAUUCGUUUUCAUUAUCGCUACUCUUGGACAUCAUGGACCAUUUCUCGUUUUGAUAUUCUGCUACUCCCGUGUGUACGCUUUCAUGAAGAGAAGAGGAGUUGGAUUGCUGAAAACGAAUAAGGUCAGGUCUUCAUCGAUUCGAAACAUAAAUAUGACUGAAAAGUUUUCAGAUACAUGUUAUGUGAACAGCGUUGUGCCAGAAGGCUCUCAGUGUAACACUGGUAAUCUAUCAGCACAGCAAGAACAACGGGCCUCGGGUAUGACAAAACAGGCUAGUACAAGCAAAGAUAAGUCUGGAAUAUUCAUUGUUGAGGCUUCUAACCUAUUAACGGUACCUAGCCAUUUCAAACAUUAUACUAACAUAACAAGCAACUGUGAAAGAAAGACAAACGAGUCAUUAAAAGGAGACGAACAUUCAGAACAUUUCCAAAGUGCUAGAACAACCUCGUUGUCAGUAGAUCCUAUCGACCAAAACUCUACACAGACAGUUUCAAGAAGAAUAAAACACAGGAAUGUUAAAGACAAAAGGGUAUUCAAAACACUAACUUACAUCGUAAUUGGAUACGUGAUUCUUUGGCUCCCCUUCCAUGUUGUGUUUGAUAUCAGCAUAGUGUACCCUGGACUGGUGCCGGAAGCUAUUAUCGAAACGGUAUUUUGGAUGACCUAUUUGAACUCUACACUCAAUCCGUUUCUGUAUAAUUUUAGCUGUCCCGUUUUCAAAGAGGCGUUUUAUAGUAUACUGUGUGUACGUCAUCGCUAG